CAACAGCUGUUGAACGCCUUGUUUUUCAUACACUCGCAGAAGAUAUUGCAUCGAGACAUGAAAGCGGCCAACAUUUUGAUCACCAAAAACGGGGUCUUAAAACUGGCCGACUUUGGACUCGCCCGAGCCAUCAGCUCGUCCAACAAACCGCAGGCCAACCGCUACACCAAUCGUGUGGUCACUCUCUGGUAUCGGCCGCCGGAGCUGCUGCUCGGCGAACGUAAUUACGGCUCACCCGUUGACCUGUGGGGCGCCGGCUGUAUAAUGGCUGAGAUGUGGACGCGCAGCCCUAUCAUGCAGGGGGCGACCGAACAAAUGCAACUCAACCUAAUCAGCCAACUGUGCGGUUCAAUCACACCCGAUGUCUGGCCGGGUGUCGAACGGCUGGAUCUGUACAACAAAAUGGAUUUGGCGAAGAACCAGAAGAGGAAGGUUAAGGAGCGGCUCAAGGCGUACGUCAAGUGUCAGUACGCGCUCGACCUGUUGGACAAACUCCUAAUACUAGACCCAACGAAACGGCUCGACUCGGACUCAGCGCUGAAUCACGACUUCUUCUGGUCAGACCCGAUGCCUCUGGACUUGUCUAAAAUGCUAUCACAACACACGCAGAGUAUGUUCGAGUACUUGACGCCCGCCCGCAGGCGAGUGGUCGGUCCGCCGCAGCCGCAGCUCUCCGUUGGCGGUCCCGGAGGGCAUGGGGUUGUCCCGCACGGCGCGCACCCCCAACAGCACCCCCGCAGUGCGGCCGACGCCCAGUACGUCGAUCGCGUGUUUUAGAGCACCGGGUGUUUGCCGUCUGUGGGCCUAUGUUUAGGAUUAUUGUAGUUAUUAUUUGAUUGUAUUUAUGAUUUAAAAUUACUGUUUAAUCAUUUAAUUUAAUUAUAAAUUCUGUGUUUAAUUAUAAAUAUAAUUUCAAUACUUGGCUGUCAUUCGC